AUGCCAGAGUUUACAAUAGGACCGCUGGGAAACUGGGAAGGAACGGCAAAGGUCAUCAUCAAAACGGGCAACAUUGCCGAAGAGAAAGUUGACGCCAUCUGCAUAAGUGUUGGUAGUACUUUGGAACAUUCCAGUUCUACUUGGAAAGCUAUCACAAAAAUAUGUGGAACGAAAGUGUACAAGGAUGCAUACGAGAAGGCUCGGAAAGCCCAGACGAUCUGGCUUAAUAGAGGAGAGAUUCUCGUUGUGGAUACAAGGGACACUAAGGUGCAAGAAGACGAUUGCGUUGUGUGUCUAUGCCCACUUUCUGGAAGUGGAGAAGUGCGUGAACUGCCAUGUUAUGAAGAGUGCGAUUUUGCCUACGAAAUUUCGUACAGCGUUCCAAGUGGGAUCCAAGAUGUAUGUGCAUCUCGCUCGCACGGCCAGGCAAACCGUACAGAGGAACUGAUCGGAAAGCGUAUGUACCAGGAACCUCAGAUGGCGCUAAGGUUUGGGUACCCAGAUCCCGACUAUCUCAACAGAGUGAAGGAAGACUUAGCUGCAAUGGGGAUAACAGAAGAUAUGCUGCCCGACGAUGCAGAAAUUCAAUUUAUAUAA